AUGGUAGUUGUCACCACAAAACUGUGGAGCGAAAAGAUUUCUUCCUUAGAAGGAAAAGGCGCGUUGGAAAUGAAUUCGGAAAAUGAGGAGUCCCAAGCACCUGUGGAUGAAACCAUGGAUGAUACCACAGAUGACGGUCCAUGCUCAAUGGUAACCGAAUGUCAGUCACUCCAAGGACAGGUUCGAAACUGCGAUUCGGAUGCAUCAGCGGUGACAAAGGUCGAGUUAAGCGAUACGGCUGUUAGCAAAACAUCAAAAAGUUUGAAAGCGCUUCUCGAGCAACAGCAAUAUGAAGAUAUGCGAAAUACCUCGUGGGCUGACUUGAUGGAAGAAGAAAUAGCAAAAUCGAGAACUGUCUUGCAAUCGAACAAGGGUGAAGAGGUUGCAGCAUUGGAAACACAAUUUUCAGAGAAUGAUCGUACCAUUUUAAGUUCUAAUGAGGAAUAUCCAAGUCUGUCAAUUGCUGUUGAACAAUCAAAUAUAGAACGGCGUAAAACUAGUCCAUUGAAAAAGGAACGAGGGACGAAAUCCAGAUUUAAACGCAAUUUGAAGCUCACAGAAGCGCUGGCUGGUCAGGCAUUGAAAACUGAUAGUCAGGUUUCCGGAAAACCGCUACGCCGUGCUAUUAAACGAGACAAAACGAAAGGAGUUCAAGCACUAUUUUCAAUGAGCACUGAUGAUGAGGAGGCUCCAACAUCUUCGAAAUAUCAGAAAAAAAGAAGAAAAAAUAUGCACAGGGAAAAGACUGUUUGUGAAGCUAGUAAUUCGAGAUUUGACUCUGAGGAUUUACCUCUUAGUGAUGCUGAACGUUCUAGUAGGGACAGCUCGCCCGGAAGUUGUUCUAGUGUUGCUUCCACGUUGCGUAUUAAGAAAGGUUGGAGAGAGCCAAAACUUGGUUGGUGUAGAAGCGAAGAUAUUCUUCUGAGGCGUUCAAAGGAAAUUGAGAAAGCAAAAGAGAAACCAGUAUACGCGAAAUAUCUUGCGAAAGUACCACGACAUGCUCGAACGAAAAAUAUGCCAAAAACUCCUAACAAAUAUAUCCAAUACUCGCGCCGGUCUUGGGACAAACAGGUACGCCUAUGGAAGCGGCGAUUAUAUGAGUGGGCUGAUGAGGAACCGACUGAAAGCUGCUUAAGUUUAAAUGAAUCUACAGCUGAUGAGAUCCCAGACAGUGAGACAGUAUCCUCAUUUCCUUCUACUUUGAUGUCAGAUGAAAAUAAAUUAUCUUUGGAUGAAAUCAAGGUGGAGCAAGAUGCAGCAGCUUCCCUUCUUGGUUGCCUUGAUAUCGAUACACGCACUAAUACGCUGACAGUCAUGAAGACUGACGAUGAAUCAACGCUUAAAGGAACAUCGCGUAGUGUCCUUGGACCUCGUGAUUUUAGCCAGCUUUAG